GCAGCGCCGGACGCGCGCCUAGGUGAGCGGGAGCAGGCGCCGCCUCCGCCUGCCCGCCGCUGCCGUGCUGAGGCGGCGGUGAGGGCGCGUCAGCCAGCCAGGAAGGAGGCGUGGGCAUGGAGGCGGCGGCGGAGCCCAGGGCUGGAGCCGCUGCCUAGGGCGCCCCGGGGCCUCUGUGGGAGCGCGCUCUGCGCCGCGGCUCCGGGGGCACGGGGGACCAGCGGGGACCCGGCGCCGUGCGGAUGGCCUCGCUCGCGCUCCUGCUCCUCCUGGUGGCCGCUGUGGCCUCCCAGGAGCAGGCCCAGACCACCGACUGGCGGGCCACCCUGAAGACCAUCAGGAACGGCGUCCACAAGAUAGACACGUACCUGAACGCCGCCCUGGACCUCCUGGGAGGCGAGGAUGGGCUGUGCCAGUACAAGUGCCGUGACGGAUCUAAGCCAUUCCCACGUUAUGGUUAUAAACCCUCCCCACCAAAUGGAUGUGGUUCUCCAUUGUUUGGUGUUCAUCUUAACAUUGGCAUCCCUUCCCUGACAAAGUGCUGCAACCAACAUGAUAGGUGCUAUGAGACAUGUGGCAAAAGCAAGAACGACUGUGAUGAGGAGUUCCAGUAUUGCCUCUCCAAAAUUUGCCGAGACGUGCAGAAAACACUAGGACUAGCUCAGCAUGUUCAGGCGUGUGAAACAACAGUGGAGCUCCUGUUUGACAGCGUCAUACACUUGGGCUGUAAACCAUACCUGGACAGCCAGCGAGCUGCAUGCACAUGUCGCUAUGAAGAAAAAACCGACCUUUAAAGAAGAUGCUGACAGCUGGUGACAGUUGAGGAUGGACGAGAUAACCUCGAGCAAAGAAGCAGUGUUUAUACGGCAUGAAGAUGUCAUUUUUGUAUGUGAAAGGAAUAAGACUUUACAGGACUUUAUAUUUUGAUGUUAAAACAUCAAGUGAAAAAAAUGGGGUUGUGAAGAGGACAUGCCUGCCUUCCCAGGUAUCGUCCUGGUCAUUGUUGCCUUUGUGUGCCAGAUGCCUUGGUCAGUCUCAAAAACAGGUGUAUGUUAAGGAGAAAAUUUUUGGAAAGAAGAGUGUGUAACAAUUUUUGCAACCACAUUUACAAAAAAAAUAGAUCAAAUUUAAAAUCCAUUAUAAGGUCUGUUCAAUAUUAUCUGAUUUGGAACUACGGGAAAUCUUGGUUUACUAUGAAAUUUUAAAUACACAUUUAUGCCUGGAAAAGACUGAGUUUAUUUUUCCUCUGUUUUAAUUAUACAUAAUGGAUUGCCAUUUCUCUGUAGCCCAUUGAGCCAAUGAGUAAGUCACACUUCCUUUAGGCCUAGUUAUAAGGACAGGUUUCCAUGUCUGUUUUUCUUGUAAAAUUGGAAUCUCUGGUGGCAGUCUCUAGGGGCAAACCCAGGAUACCCAAGUAGAAAGGUAAUAGAAGGUGAGGUGAACAGGUUCAGAAGUACAGCCACUCCCAUUUUAUGAACCACUUGCGUGACAAAUGUCAUCUUUUGCUGUAUCCUCUGCCUAAAUUAGAGAAAAAAACGGGCUUUAUGUUUUAACAUAACACACAUUACAGCACUUACGUGCUUGUAUGCUUUGAUGUUUAUUUUCUAGCAAGUGUUCCUCCUAGUAGAUUCAGGGAGAUUUUUAAGACUGUAACAUUUUAACCAGUUGUGGUAUGAAUAAAAAUUAUUCUCGUUCUUUUUUAA